AAGUAACUUCUAUCAACUUUCUCCAUGUAAAAAUAAUAAGAAUGAGAAAUCUCCGGAAGGCUGACUUGUUAAGCCAGUCCGAUUGCUAUGUGGAACUGUGGCUGCCGACUGCCUCAACUCAAAGGGUCCGGACCAAAACAAUCAAAAACUGUAAAAAUCCAAUCUGGAAUGAAACCUUCUGCUACAGGAUUGACAAUCGUGUUAAGAACAUGCUGGAGCUGAAAGUCUGUGAUGAAGACAGAUUCAGCAAAGAUGAUGAACUCUGCACAGUUCUUUUUGACAUAGCUAAACUUCAAGUUGGCUAUAAAGUUCGUGUGAAGUUUGUGUUGAAUCCCCAGGAACAGGAGGAGCUGGAGGUGGAGUUCAUAUUGCAGAACAUUCUGGACUGUCCUGAAAACAUCAUUACUAAUGGAGUACUAGUGUUACGCGAAGUUUCCUGUUUGGAAGUUAAUGGGCAGGCAAAGAAGCUAAAGCAACAAUCCACAAAGGAAGAGCUCACACUUACAGUCAAAGGAUCCUAUGAAGAAACCCAGAAGAUUUCAUUGGACGCUGACUCCAGCCUCAGGAAUAGAGAUUCCAUUGUGUUCCACUAUGUCAAGAAUAAACUAACAAAACUGGAUGUUACACUGCCAAAGAAGAUGCAUUACGGUCAGACUUCAGAUAAAGAAGAAUCCCUGCCUCUGCCUCUGAAUUCACUCCCUUUGCAAAAGAAAAUAACAAUAGCAAGGGAAAAAACAUUUGACUUGCAUGUGAAGGCAAAAGACUGGCCAAAAGACAUGGACGUGCGCUUUGGGUUUGACUUGUGCAUAGAGGAGCAGGUUUUCCUGUGUAAAAGGAAGAAGUAUGUUGCUGCUGCUAUGAAGAAGGUGCUCCAGCUAGAGGAGGACCUGCAGGACCAUGAAGUGCCAGUGGUGGCCAUCACGACAACAGGGGGUGGGACAAGAUCAUUAACAGCAAUGUAUGGCAGCCUGUUGGGUCUUCAGAAAUUGAAUAUCUUGGACAGUGUUUCUUACAUCACUGGUUUAUCGGGCACUACAUGGACUAUGGCAAACUUGUACGAAGAUGCUAAUUGGUCACAGAAGUAUCUGGAGGAAGCAAUCAAUAAAGCUCGGAAGCAUGUGACCAAAUGCAAGAUUAAGGGUUUUACCUUGGACCGUCUGAAGUACUAUUACAAUGAGCUAAAAGAACGGUGCCAACAAGGAUACAACACGUCGUUUAUAGACUUGUGGGGGCUCAUGGUUGAAUACAUGCUACAUGAUGAGAAAGAUAACCAUAAACUCUCGGAUCAGCAACAGGCAAUGAAUGAGGGCCAGAAUCCGCUGCCCAUUUACAUGGCUAUCAACCUUAAAAACAGCUACAGUGCUCAAGAUUUUAGAGAAUGGUUGGAGUUCACUCCCUACGAGGUGGGAUUCUGGAAAUAUGGAGCAUUUAUUCGCUCAGAAGAUUUUGGAAGUGAAUUUUUCAUGGGAAGACUGAUGAAGAAGUUCCCAGAAAGCCGGAUUUGCUACAUGGAAGGCAUGUGGAGCGGUAUAUUUUCCUUCGACGUGAUGUAUUUCUGGAAUUUGGCCUUUGAUUCAGAGGACUUCUGGUACAGAUGGACUAGAGACCGAGUAAAAGACAUUGAGGAAGAUCCUGUUCUGCACAUAAAGCCUCAUGAGACAGCGACUCGCCUGUCGACUCCUGCAGGCGCCCUUUCUACUGCUUUCCGAGAUGUCUUAACAGGGCGCCCAACAAUUGCAGAAUUCCCCAAUUUCCUAAGGGGCUUCCAGUUUCACAAUGAGUACCUGGAGAAUGAGCAUUUUUCUACAUGGAAAGACACUGUGAUAGACACUUGCCCUAACAAACUAAUUGAAACAGCACAGCACCCUCUAUCCCUGGCAGAUACUGGAUUUUUUAUCAAUACCAGUUACCCACCACUCUUGGUACCUCAGAGGAAAGUGGACGUCAUCCUGCAUUUAAAUUACAGUGGAGGAUCACAGACAUUGCCUCUGGAUCUAAUUGAGAAGUACUGCUCGGAGCAGGGAAUCCCAUUCCCCAGAAUCGAGAUGAAUGAGGAAGACAGGAAAAAUCUAAAGGAGUGCUAUCUGUAUGAAGAUGCUGAGAGUCCAAGAGCUCCUAUAGUGCUUUUUUUCCCAUUAGUAAAUGACACCUUCAAAAAAUACAAAGCUCCUGGUGUGGAACGCAGCCCCGCAGAGAUGGAGGAGGGGAAAGUUGAUGUCUCUAGUCCCCUUUCCCCAUAUACUACAAAGGAGCUCUCAUUCAGUGAAGAGAAUUUUGACAAUCUGGUGAAAAUGACUGACUACAAUAUCCUGAAUAAUGAGAACUUGAUUGUUCAGGCCUUGCGCACAGCCGUGGAACGGAGGAAACAACAAGCUUCCAUAUACUACAAGGGAGCUCUCAUUCAGCAAAGAAAAUUUUGACAAUCUGGUGAAAAUGAUUGACUACAAUAUCCUGAAUAAGGAAAACUUGGUUAUUCGGGCCUUGC